AUGAAGGGUGCUUUCUUACUUCUCUUGGCCUUGUUGGUGGCCUUCGCUCUUGCAGCGUCGUCAUCAAACGCCCCGACGACUUCGAGCCUCGUGGCAUCUUCUACCCCGCGAAUAGACGCUUACGAUGCAUCUCGCGUCGAAAGCGCUCCCUCCCAGGCCAGCGACAGUGGAUACCCCAACAAGGACUCAACAGACGAUGGCCUGAUGGCAGAGUUGCAUACUAUCACUGGGUCGAAUACGACAUGGCCAAACAUCUCUUACUCGGACAUCAGCGCUUCGACUGGCAACGAUGUCGAAACCCUUACCAGUCAGAACGGUAUGAAGCACCUGAAAGGGUGGUAUCGGAUUGACAUCCGCAUGGGCCUCAUGGGCACCCACGUUGGAACCUUCGGCGGAGAACGAUUGUACAAUCGCGUAUACGAUGUCCUGAAACGCUGCAAACAUGGCAGUAGUUUGGAUGAUUGCGCCAUCCAUAAUGUCGUUUACAGCAAAGAUGGAAAGUAUGCAACAGACUCGAAACUCUACUUCAAUAUUCUGGUUUCGACCAUCAACGAUCGGGUCAAAGGUCUUGAUGAUUUGACAUAUCGCAUGAUGGCCAGGGCAUUCCAAAAGAUGACCGAGACUCCGCGUAAUUGUUACAAGGCUGAUUUCGACGAAGGCCAAGGCGGUGGCAGAGGUCUCUGGUUCUGCAACGUCGCAAGCCAAGUUAUGAUCGCAUACCCCAUCAACGGAGGCCCGAUGCAGUCACUACUGAAGCUAACGCUCGAGUGGGAUCGCCCAACAGACCAGGGCAAAUACAAAUGCGACGAGAUCACGCAGUCGAACACGAUCAGGGAUUGGGUGAGCCAACCCUUUCUCAACGACUACUAUCUCUUGGGUGGCAAGAGACAGGAUGCGUUCAAGAAGGAGAUCGCCAAGCUUCACAACUGGAACGCAGACAAGAUUGCUCCGUACACUUCCUGCCUCUGGAACCACUGCUUCAAUACUCGCACAGAGCUCAGUGAACCACGCCAUGCGUGGAUUGAGGUUGACGACUGUGAACCCGAUUGGAACCCCAUCGGAUGUGAUCCUGGUGCUGAAACGAGGAACAGGAAGUCACUGAACUGUCCGCCUGAGUACCGGGGUACUCGUAGUUAUACAUAUGGUAAGGUCAACCAGCGGGACGACGGAGAUUAUUCUCACUGGACUUGA